AUGAGGACUAUCCAGGAAGAAGUUCCAUAUUCAAAACAGGGUGAUCCUUGUAAUUUUAUUCUACGUGGCCCACAUAAUCUUUCUGCGCCCACAGCCAGUGAUUUGAGGAGAGAGACCAUCGAAUUACUACGACAAAAGAACGCCCUUCAGCUUCAACACAACAGGAUAGUUGAGUUACUGGCACUGAAUCAGAAUAGAAGCAAACUUCCGCAACUUAGCUUUCCCGUCUUUGACGGAAAUCCCAUUGGUUACCGCACCUUCGCUCGAGCUAACGAGAGUUUAAUUGAGUCUAGAACAUUUAGCAGUACCGACAGGCUGUACUACUUGA